AUGAAUGAGUUCUUACGAUUGUAUAAUAAUCCAUCAGAGGGAGUCAACACUCCUUUAGACUGUGAAGCCCACCGUAUCAUAGAAAGAAACAGAAAAGUCAUAGAGUCACUGUUGAAAAUAGUGAUAUUAUGUGGAAAGCAGGGCUUACCUUUUCGAGGGCACCGAAAUGAUAAUGUUAAUUGGGUAUUAGAUAAAGAUUGUGGCAAUGAUGGUAUCUUUGUUGAGAUUAUUAGAUUUAGAGCUGAAACAGAUCCCAUUUUAGCAAAUCACUUGGUCAGUGCUCCUAAAUAUGCAAAAUACACCUCGAAAACCAUUCAAAAUGAGCUAAUCAGUGCUGUUGGCCAGAAGAUUCAAAAGGAGAUCCUAGAUGAGGUGAAAAGGGCUCAUUUUUACUCAGUCAUUGCAGAUGAAGUCACUGAUGCUGCCAACAAAGAAGAACUGUCCAUUGUUCUGAGAUACUUCACUGAAGAUGGUAUUAAGAGGUCUUUGUUGAUUUUAUAG